GUCUUUGUCAUAAUUCACAGUGAGUCUGCUCUACUGUCGGGUUAGGUUCAAUCAUCAGUCAGCUUCAAGGGCAAUCACUUCUAAUUAAGAAACCUUUUGAAUACUUCCAGGGAACACGGUCCAGACCUCUAUGGUACUGUAAGAACAGUCAGGCACACAACUCUUAAGGUCGUCUGACCUUCAAAAUUGCAUUUCAUGCUGUGUGUCCCCACGGAGCCAUCCAAGUCUUACCUUUUUGAGGGGCAUGGCUUAGUGGAUGUGGUGGGGAUGCCCUGAGGGUUGGACUAGAUGAGAGUAGUCUUUUCCAACCUCACCAACUUAAUACUAGAGAGCUAAUCACCUUUGCUUUUGAUAAUUUUACAUGUAUUUAUAUCCAGAGAAUAAGAAAGCCUACAACAGCUGUCCAAAAGAGUACUUACUUCUUGUGAUUUAAUAAGACAUUGGACACUGAGGACCUGACACUGAAAGUACCGUUUGGAAUGCGAUUAAAUGUUCCUGUCUUUGUGGAGGCAAGUGGCAUUCAGCUAAAAACCUUGAACUAGGUGGCAACAACAGGGUGUUUUGAAUUAGAGGGAGCUAUUUGGGGCUGAAAGAAGGUUUAAAAAGUAAACAAAGCCUACGCCUUCCAGUUGAGGUUAGGUUUUUCUGAUUCGUGGUAGAUUCAAUCUCACUCCAGCAGACUCUUUUUAUGUAGACAAACUUCACUUCUUUGAAGAAACAAAGAACUCCACCACUGGUUUCUCCUCCUAUCUGUAAGAACGUGCAGUAUCACUGAUAACCUCCCUCAUCCCAAAGAGAUGAUAUCACUGCUGUUCUUUGAUAUGCAGAUACAGGGAGUGGGAUUGCUAUAGUUAUCCCUGCUGGCUAGCACCGAGUCUACAGAAAACACAAACAGGUUGUCCACGUUUCCCCCUGCUGAAGGGGAAUGGCCAAUGGGCCACUACCAACCACCAGAGCCUCACUGGGCAUUGGGAUCCCGCCCUGGAGCACUGCAUGCCACACGAGGCCGGCUCAUUCAGAGGUAUGCACGUCAAAUAUCCCAGACUUUUUUUUAAUAUAAGCCAUAAUUGAUAGCUGGCUUCUACAGGGCUAACGUUGCCAGCGUCGGAGCUUAAUGACUGCCACGCAGAUGAGUUUCCUCUGAGUCACCUCAGCCCCAGCAGCCACUUCUGCACACAACAGCCUGCGCUCCUCACGUUUCUGCAUACAACUGGGAAACGGGACUUCUCCCAAAAGCACAGGAAAGGCCCGCGGUGAACACGGAGCCCAGCACAGCACGCCGUGGUGGCUCGGGGCGGGGCUGCGGCCUCCUGUCCUGACAGACACCACGCCCUGCCCGGGGCCUGCAGGCCUUCCUAAACGCCCACCUCCAUCUCAAGAGAAAACCAACAACCUCUAACGGAGAUAAGCCUUUUUUUAUAAAAGAAACAAACAUCUGCCUCCCCGCAGCGACCGCUCCCACGGGAACGCCAAGCGCCAGAGACGGCAACGGACUCGAACCCGCGACGGAACCGCCCGUCCCACGGCCCGAACCGCGCAUGCGCACAGCUCCGCCAGCUGCCGCCCGGCCGCAACGCGACUGCGCAGCUGCCGCAGGCCGCCGGGCCGGAGGGGGAUCGGGAGCGGAGCGGCGCCCCCUCCCCCGGCCGCGCUAUGGGUGACGCGUUCCGGAGGGCGGAGUCGGGCACUCAGCUGCUUGCACGCCUUGAGGGCAGAAGUUCACUGAAAAACCUUGAACCUAAUCUGUUUGCUGAGGAAGGAUCUCCUGUUCAUGGAGAUGUCAUUGAAUUCCAUGGUCCAGAAGGAACAGGAAAAACUGAAAUGCUUUAUCACCUGAUAGCCCGCUGCAUCAUUCCAAAAUCAGGAGGGGGACUGGAAGUAGAAGUCAUGUUCAUUGAUACAGACUACCAUUUUGAUAUGCUUCGUCUCGUUACCAUUCUUGAGCACAGAUUGGAGCAAAGCACAGAAGAGAUGAUGAAGCACUGCCUGGGAAGGCUUUUUCUUGUGAACUGUAACAGUAGCACUCAGUUACUUCUCACUCUUUAUUCUCUAGAAAACAUGUUUUGCACCCACCCCUCUCUCUGCCUUUUGAUUUUAGAUAGCAUAUCAGCUUUUUAUUGGAUCGACAGAAGUAACGGAGGGGAGAGUCUUAACUUGCAGGAGAUGAACCUGAAGAAAUGUGCAAACUUCCUUGAAAAGCUUGUGAGGGAGCAUCACUUAGUCCUGUUUGCCACAACACAGUCCAUUAUGCAGAAAUCUACAAACUCUGCAGAAAGCUUCUUUCCUUUGAAACUUCAGCAUGAAAUUGAUGCAGACUAUCGACCUUACCUUUGUAAAUCAUGGCAACAAAUGGUAACCCACAGGAUAUUUUUUUCCAAGCAAUUUAAUUCUGGCAACAGCAAAGAUUUUAUGCUCGUUUCUUGCCACCUCAAAAAAAACCAUGUAGCAAAACGUUCAUUUAGUAUUACAGAAUGUGGAGUUCAAUUUUAAUUUCAGUUGAUCGUUUAAACUUCUGGCAAAUCUUGAUGCUUAGGCCUGAUUUGCUCUAGGUAGGUUUUAGUACCUUCUAAAUGACCAGUUUGUUGCUGGGUAAUUAAGAACUUUUGUCACUAAUUUCUUCAACAAAGAGAAGGGCAGAACGCCUUAACAUUUUUUUUUUACUGUUGUGGAUGUUCAGUCUCAGCUAGUGAGGAAUGUUGCUAUUAUUUGUUUGUGCUUAAUGCAAAAAAGAAAUUAAAUCAAGAAAAUGAUAAC